GGCGAGCCCGCGGGGCUGAGCGGGGUCCUCAGGCUUCCCGGCGACGGCGGUACCAAGUUCGGCAGCGGUCGAAGGCAGGGCGCGGCAUGUCGUGGGUUCCGCGGGGCUGGCAGUGAACGCGCGUGCGGGAUGGGCAGGCGCCGGGGUGUGGAGCUGUACCGGGCCCCGUUCCCGUUGUACGCGCUCCAGGUGGACCCCAAGAACGGGCUGCUCAUUGCUGCGGGCGGAGGAGGAGCCGCCAAGACCGGCAUCAAGAAUGGUGUGCACUUUCUGCAGCUAGAGCAAAUCAAUGGCUGCCUGAGCGCCUCCUUGCUACACUCUCAUGACACAGAGACACGGGCCACUAUGAACUUGGCACUGGCUGGUGACAUCCUUGCUGCCGGACAGGAUGCCCGAUGUCAGCUUCUACGUUUUCAUGUCCAUCAACAGAAGCGCAAUAAAACAGAGAAGUCAGGUUCCAAGGAGCAGGGACCUCGACAAAGGAAGGGGGCAGCUCCAGCAGAGAAGAAAUCUGGAGCAGAAGUACACCCUGAAGGGGUAGAACUCAAAGUAAAAAAUUUGGAGGCAGUACAGACAGACUUUAGCACUGAACCACUGCAGAAAGUUGUGUGCUUCAACCACGAUAAUACCCUGCUUGCUACUGGAGGGACUGAUGGCCAUGUUCGUGUCUGGAAGGUACCUAGCCUGGAGAAAGUUCUGGAUUUCAAAGCACAUGAAGGAGAGAUUGGAGAUUUGGCUUUGGGUCCUGAUGGCAAGUUGGUGACUGUAGGCUGGGACUUAAAGGCCUCUGUGUGGCAGAAGGAGCAACUAGUGACACAGCUACAGUGGCAAGAGAAUGGACCCGCCUCUUCUGACACACCAUACCGCUACCAGGCCUGCAGGUUUGGGAAGGUUCCAGAUCAACCUGGGGGGCUGCGACUCUUCACAGUGCAGAUCCCCCACAAGCGCCUGCGUCAGCCCCCACCCUGCUACCUCACAGCCUGGGACAGUUCCACAUUCUUGCCUCUUCGGACCAGGCCCUGUGGCCAUGAAGUCAUCUCCUGCCUCAGUGUCAGUGAAUCCGGUACCUUCCUAGGCUUAGGCACGGUCACUGGCUCUGUCGCCAUCUAUAUAGCUUUCUCUCUCCAGCGCCUCUAUUAUGUGAAGGAGGCCCAUGGCAUUGUGGUGACAGAUGUAACCUUUCUACCUGAGAAGGGUUGUGGCCCAGAGCUUCUUGGACCCCAUGAAACUGCUCUUUUCUCUGUGGCUGUGGAUAGUCGUUGCCAGUUGCACCUGCUGCCCUCACGGCGGAGUGUUCCAGUAUGGCUACUGCUGCUGAUGUGUGUCGGCCUUAUUAUUGUGACCAUCCUGCUGCUCCAGAGUGCCUUUCCAGGUUUUCUUUAGCCUCCCUGACCAAUGAGAAUUCGGCUUGGACACUGCCACCUCCUAGAGCAGAAUCACUGAGGUCCACAGCUGAGGCUGCCUGCAAUGAGACUGGCGGGUACUGCGUGUCCCUUAGCCAGAGCUUGCCUGUGGCCCCACAUCCCUGUGGAUCUUGGGGCCCUACAUUCAUCACCUGUGGAUCCAUUUAGGAAAGUGUGGUCUGAACCCAGGCACACUACCUGCCUUGUUUCCUCUGCUUCCCAGGGCUCCAGAGUUGAGCUCUUCUCUAGAAAUAUGUGAAGAUGCCCAAGACCCUGGAGGCAUUGCCAUCCUUCUUAUAGAAACUGUGUCCACUCCUCCCCUUACAGCCAUUACACGAGGUCCUUGGCUUUUGUUGAGACAAAGUCUGGGCUGGCACUUGCUGUUAGGGCAGGAAGAGGCAAAGGAAGUCUCAGGUAGCUGUGGUCUGUGGGCUUAGGUGGGUAGCACCAACCCAGUCAGGCCACAUGUACAGUAAGCUCCUGAAUCGUCUACUCGGGCCUGAGGAAGGGGAAAGUGACCCUCAGCUCAUUAGGUGGGAAGAGUUGAUAUUUAAUAAACAAAGAAAGAUUGAACUGAGACCCCUCCCCCCCAAGCAGUUCUCUUGUCAGCUCUUUCCAUCUUCAGAAGUGAGUGCCCCAAGGUCAGGCAGCUCCAUGUAGUGCUGGAAGAUGGCUUGGGCGUACUGAUGGAGGACACGGUUCAUAUAGCAGUGCUUCCGGGGCAGCAGUCCUUCCAGGAAGCCAAUGUGGCCCCCCCGAGCUGUGAUGAGCAGUGCAACAUAGGGAGACUGUUGAGCGGCCUGCAGAGGGAAGGCUGGGAGGGAAUCAAGAGGAAAAGGUCAGAAAGUUGUCCUGCAAUGAGAACCCAGGCUCACACCUCAGGUACAACCCACAUCUGUGGUUCACUAGCCUGGGGGUCAAGGCUUCAUUGUUGAAGCCACUCACCAUGGCCUGGGGAGAAGGGAUCAUCUGCUGCAUUGAGGCAAAGGACUGGGGUAUGGAUGGCAUCUACCUUGGUUCUUGGGCUUGAGGCCUGGUAAUAGGCAGCACAGUCUUUAUACCCAAAAGCCACAGAUGUGUAGCGCUCAUCCAGCUGGCGGAUUGUGCGGGCCUGUGUGGUGGAGGUACGGCAGGCUAUGAUAUCAUAAAAUAGGAGACAACAGGAGACCAGCACUGGGUGAGGGGAUGGUUGAAAAAUACCUUUAUCGCAAAGUCUACAUCCAACACCUUUUCAAUUGUCUUUCUGUUUCUGGAAGAGAAUACAUCAGGGUUUGUCUGGACUCCUUCCUGCCCCUAACUCAGAGAUCACAGCUUCUGUUUUCUUACUUCAUCAAGAAAGCCCCAUGUGAAACUGACCCAAGCACUUGCUGUCCUACCUGGCCACAAGCCGGCAGAGUCCAGCAGUAAGGGGCUGAUUGAAGAGCAGUGAGUUGAGCGGGGUUUCCAAAGAGUCAACGGUCUCAAAGGAAUCCCAGCAUGCAGACAUUGUCAGUCCUGCUACCAGUCCUCCAGCCUUCCCUGUCCGUGCCAGGUAGUUGAGCACCAGUAUCCUGUAAAAUUGGAUGAAAAGGCUGUGGAACGUGUUGACCUGAGUGAAUUGGGGCAGAAGAGGAGGAAGAGACAGAAGAUGGACAAUGGGUCUUUGGAGUAAACCCAAGCAACUAUUACCCUCCAAAAGAGAUGCCCACAGCCAGCAGUGGAGCCUGGGAGUAGCGGCACUUUAUAUGCUUCACAGCUGUUUCUAGAUCUUCAGUGUUGCUGGCACAGUAAGCCCUGCUCCCGGCUGGCUCUAGCUCCUGAACUUUGACUCUUCCGCUUGCGGUUUGUCGUGGACCCGCCUUUUGCACGCCAUUGGCAGGCUUCUGCAGGUCCCGCCCUCCGCGGGCCCCGCCCACCGCCAGUCUGGAGACGAGGGGCGGCGUUCGGCGAUCAGGCGAACCUCACAAAUACAAGCCGUACUGACCCAGUCGUCCACGCCCCUCCGCUCCUGGGUCGCCUUGGUGGUGGAAAGCGCUGUCCCCCGGGGCAAGCAGCGCCCCGCAGCUGCCAUCUUGGUGAGUGCCAUCUCUGGACGGCGAGGGCUGAAUCCGGCAGCCUGGGAAGGGUUCCGCAGCCCCAGAGCGCAGCCAUUCACCACCGUGACCCUCACACACUGGGCACAAGCACUGCCCGACAAAUUGUUGCAUACUCAGGUUUCAGUCGCUCAGCGGUGAUAUUCUACUCCCUCGUCUCUUACAAUCCCCGCCAAGAGAAAGGGUGCAACAAAUGAUUUGCUCAUCAACUCUAUUGCAAGCGUUGGAUCCUGUCUCUGUUUUCAUUAAGGUUUUGGAUAGGGAUUUCGGUAGAACCUUGGCUUCCCACUGUAGACUAGACCGCGAGUUGUACCACUCCUAGUCUAGGGAUAGAUCAACGUAUGUAAUGUAAAAUCUUUCCAUGAGAUUUGAAUGUUGAACUCUCUUUUUUUUUUGGGGGGGGGGGGUCGAGACAGGGUUUCCCUGUGGCUUUGGAGGCUGUCCUGGAACUAACUCUUGUAGAAAGGCUGGUCUCGAACUCACAGAGAUCUUCCUGCCUCUGCCUCCCCUCCCGAGUGCUGUGAUUAAAGGCUUGAGCUCUUAGGACAGGAAAGAGUACUAGAAAAAGGAAGUGCUCCCUGCUGCUGUGUGGGAGCAGGUAAGAAUGAUGCCCAACUUUCAAUGGGGAAAGACAGAAAAAUUAAUAGGAGUUUCCCAGGCAGAUGGGAGGCAAGAGUGCCAGCUCCAGGAUAAGUGAAAAUCUGGAGCCAAAAGAAAUGCGUGGCUGAGCGUGUGGGUGAUCAAGGAGUAGAUUACUGAGCUUCCUGAGGGCAGAGGAAAUCCCUCAAAGCACUCAGGAAGAGAGUAGUCAGAGAGAUGUGUUUGAGAAGAAAUCUUCGGGCUACUUAGAAGGAGGAGAAUAAAGACAGAAGCAAAGGGGCCAAUUGGGCGCUUAAUAUUAAGAGCACUCUGGGCGGGCUGGAGAGAUGGCUCAGAGAGAGAGAGAGAGAGAGAGAGAGAGAGAGAGAGAGAGAGAGAGAGAGAGAGAGAGAGGAGAGAGAGUGCACUCUGGGCAUUGGGGGCACUGGCAGGUAGAAGAAUGAAGAUCUUCAGGGUAGAAGGCAGAGUUGUCAGGACUCUUCAGUGUGGUGGAGGUGAGGCAGAAGAGGAAUAGGAAUGGCUCUCAGGUUCCUGACUGCACAGAUACAGGCAUGUCUAUCCCCGGGGUAGGGAGACCAGAGGAGGGAAAGGCUAGAAGAGGAAGACAAUGCAUUCAGAUCCAGAUGCAUUGGGCUAGAAUGCUGUACAUGUUCUAUUUUCUUCGACUCUACCUUUUCCCCUGAAACCCAGAGCCCGUUCUCUAAAACAGCCUUUGUGCUCCAAAGCCCCUCAGAAUUAUUAAAUCUGGUUAAUCCUAGCCCUGCCACUGCCUGUCUUUCCCUUAGAGGAAGACUAUGGGCUAUGCCUACCCUUUCCUUUGCUCCUGUCUCCCAUCCAAAGGGCAAUAGUGUUUCCCCCUCGGGACUGUGCAUGUCUUGUUUUGCCUUUUGUCUCCAAGAACUGAAGACCAUUAAACUUUUCUUUAAAAGCA